CAUUAACAGAGGUGUUGUAACUCAGACAGGGUAUAACAAACUGGUACCGGUGCAGGUCAACGUGCAGUUACAGUGGGCUGAUCGACCUCAACUUGUCCGGUGAAGCUUCACCAACGUCUUUAAGUUCGGAUCACUGGAUUAUACCGAUUUUGGGGAGACACCUUUUUUUUCUCAACUUUGUGCUUGUUUAGAAUCGAUUCCGAUGAAGCGAUACACGGGUCGGACGAUGAUUUGGCUGCUUCUGUGUCUGGGUUUCGCCGGCUGCACGUUGGCUCAGAAUGCUCAGUUCUGGAACGACCAGGCCCAGGACACGCUGCAGAAGGCCCUGACGAGGGAAGCCAGCCUGAACCGCAACGUGGCCAAGAACAUCGUGUUCUUCCUCGGGGACGGUAUGGGCGUCUCCACCGUGACGGCAGCCCGGAUCAUGAAGGGUCAGCAGGCCGGCAUGACUGGGGAGGAGACGGUCUUGUCCUGGGAGAAGUUCCCCAGUGUCGCCCUGUCAAAGACCUACAACACCAACCGUCAAGUGCCGGACUCAGCCGGCACAGCCACGGCGUUCUUCUGCGGCGUCAAGACCAAAGCGCAGAUGAUCGGAGUGGACGACCAGGCCGUAGAAGGAGACUGUCAGUCCAGCCUGAAUGCUGCCGUGGACUCGGUCAUGACAGAUGCAGAAAAAGAAGGCAAGGCGACGGGGUUCGUCACCACUGCCCGCGUGACUCACGCUACACCGGCGUGUUUGUACGCGCAUUCGCCGGACCGUGGCUGGGAGAACAACGCGGAUAUCCCGGCGGCAGAGGCGGCGCUUGGGUGUACGGACAUCGCACACCAACUGGUCACACUGGGCCAAAACAUCAAGGUCAUCAUGGGCGGUGGUCGACGGGAGAUGAUACCGGACAAUUUUACGGACUACGAGUACCCCGCCCUGACUGGCCAGCGCACAGACGGCAGGAAUCUCGUAGAUGAAUGGUUGGCAAGUAAAGACGCUCAAACAAGUCACUUCGUGUGGAAUCUGGACCGGUUCAAUGAGGUGGACCCGGAGAACACGGAGUAUCUGCUAGGUCUGUUCGAGUCCAGUCACAUGCAGUACGAAGCCGAGCGCACCAACGAACCAUCAAUCGCCGAGAUGACAGAGAAGGCCAUUCGGAUCCUACAGAAAGACUCAGACGGGUUCUUCCUGAUGGUCGAAGGUGGUCGUAUAGACCACGCUCAUCACGGUGGUUUCGCCGGCUACGCCCUCAACGACACCGUGGCCUUCGAUGCAGCUGUUGCCAAGGCGAUGGAACUGACCAAUGAGGAGGACACGCUAAUCAUCGUCACAGCUGAUCACAGUCACGUGAUGACACUUGGUGGCUACCCCAGUCGGGGUAAUCCUAUUUUGGGUUUGUACGAUUUGGGUGUCGGGACUGACGGUCUUCCUUUCACUUCGAUCGGUUACGCAAAUGGACCUGGUGGCAUUGCGGAUCGAGUCAGCUACGAAAUGUUCGGCCAAAGACGCAAUCUCACUGACGCUGACACAGAAACUCCGAGGUUUAUACAACCGGCCAUCGUCCCUCGCGAUUCCGAAUCCCACGGCGGGGAGGACGUGGCCAUCUACGCCAACGGACCCAUGUCCCACCUCUUCCACGGAGUCCACGAGCAGCACUACAUCGCGCACGUGGUGCGCUACGCCGCCUGCCUGGGCAACAAGCAACACUGCGACGAGUAUGUGGCACCCUGUGGCAGCGGGACCUCGUCGGCGCCAUCAUGGGGCGUUACAAUGAUCGCAGUCUUGGUCAAUUUAUGGAUGGCUCUCAUUUUGCCGAAAUAACUCGUCGAGGUCGAGGGAUGUUUUCUUAGGACCUAAAUGUUUUACAAUAUUUUCAAUCGGUGUAAACUAUUUUUCACUCAUUGUAUUUUAAAAUAAUUUUCAAUUACUCCCUCAUUUUCCCCACAAGUUCCCUAUUGAGAUAUAGCUGAAAAGAAUCGUGAAUACCCCUUUAACCCUGCUCGCACUUUUCACCCAAAAUUGUGUUGUGCCAACUACUCUGUCAUUAAGCAGUUUUAUCGAAUUAAGCCCAAGGAUUAAUAAAGUUGUAAAAACCAAACGAUAUUGAAUUGUCAUAUAAAGCAAAAAAGGGCAAAUUCACGUCUAGUGUUUGGGUCCUUGACGAAAACUAGAUGCGACGCAUGCAACAACAGCUAAAAUCGUCAAUAGUCGUCUAGCUACCUCCCUAUGGCCCCAAGGAAUGGAUUAUGGAUGAUUGUCAAUACAGUACAUUGACAAACUAAUUGAUUACCGGCGAGCGCCCACUAAAUUGUAUACUUUUUAAAAUGUUAGUUUAAAUGUUAGUACUUUAAUGUAAGUACUUUAACAUGAAUGUUAGUACUUUAACAGGAAUGUUAGCACUUUACCGUACUAAAGUAAUUAGAUCAACUACAUCAUAAAAUCGAGAUAAAAGAUAAAAUCGUACUGUUUUUUGUAAACAAUAUAAAAGUAUGUUUUUAACCUUGAAACUCA